GGCUUGGCCAGAAUCAUGCUGCCUGCUCAGCUGGGACCAAACACAAGGCAGCGCUGGCAGAAAGUGUUGUAUAAAAAGCAGCCCUUUCCUGAUAACUAUGUGGACCAGAGUUUCCUAGAGAAGCUACGCAAGAACAUCCAUGCCCGCAAGUACCAGUACUGGGCGGUGGUGUUUGAGUCUGGAGUGGUCAUACAGCAGCUGUGCAGCGUCUGCGUCUUUGUCGUCAUCUGGCGGUACAUGGAUGUGGGGCUGCUGGCUCCCCAGUGGUUAUUUGGCGCUGGCCUGGUGUCUUCCCUGAUUGGUUACGUCCUUUUUGACGCACUGGACUCGGGAAUGGGGAGAAACCAGAGCGGCCAGACGCGUUGGGCAGAUCUGAAAAACACGGUGGUGUUUGUGGCCUUCACCUACGGCUUCUCCCCAGUGUUGAAAACACUGACUGAGUCCAUCAGCACAGACACAAUUUAUGCCAUGUCUUCUCUAAUGCUCUUGGGACACCUGAUCUUCUAUGACUACGGCGCCAAUGCUGCCAUUGUGUCCAGCACUCUGUCCCUUAACAUGGCCAUCUUUGCCUCGGUCUGCUUGGCCUCGCGGUUGCCUCGCUCCCUGCACGCCUUCGUCAUGGUGACAUUCGCUAUCCAGAUCUUUGCUCUGUGGCCCAUGCUGCAAAAGAAGCUCAAAGCCCAGACUCCCCGCUGCUAUGUCGUCGCCACUUUGCUCUUUGCUCUGUCGGCCUUGGUGGGCCUGCUGACCAUCUCCAGCGUUGGCAUGGUUCUCUUUGGCCUUCUUCUCGUCUCCAUCUCAUGCCUGUGUCCUUACUGCCUCAUCAAGCUGCAGCUCUUCAAAGACAACAUCCACGGGCCUUGGGAUGAAGCUGAAAUCAAGGAAGACCUCUCCAAGUUCCUCAUGUAAAGCAGGUGAGGCCCUAAGAAAAGCAUCUCCUCGGAGAUACUGGGGCCUUGUGAAUAGGUGUGGGUCAAUCUGAACUUAAUUCUACCGUUUAUUACUGCAGAUCAUGGCAGAUGUAUAAAAGGUUGGCAUAGCCUAAAAGGACAAGAGUGGCCCUGAUCCCAGCCUUGUCUCCUGAAAGGCAUUCAGGCCUAUUCUGAGUUCCUCACACCCUGCAUAAAGGUCAGCACAUGCUGAUUUCAUUACCGGGUACAGUCUGUUCAUCCCCUGAAUGGAGACCAUCAAAAUAAUGUAAGGGUAAUUUGAAGGCAGAGA